GCUCCAUGAAUUCCAAAUCGGAGCACACAGAAAACAAAAGAAGAAAGGUUUUUUUUUCUUGGGCAUAUCCCAAGUUUCCUUUCUUUCCUUCUUUAUUUUUUUUUUGUGUGGGUAUAAUUCCACAAGAAGAAAAAGCCCUUUUUCUAAAACUCCAUCAAAGUUGAUCGUAAUGGGAAACUGUUUAGUUGGGAAGAAGAUUGCAAAUGUUGCUGAAGAAGAUGAUCGAUUUGAAGAAGUGGUAGCGAAAAAGGAUUACAAAGGGAAAGAUCGCAAAGUGAAGAUUGUUAUAACGAGAGAUGAGUUAGAGAAACUCAUACUUUUCCAGCUUAACGCAGACGGUGCAGCUAAAGGAGGAGAUGCCACGUUGGCUUCUUUUGGAGAUUUUCUAAGAGAACUUGAGGCGGAGAGAGUGGCCGGAGAAGCUGCGGCUGCGGCGGCAGAGGAAGAGAAGUCUCGCCGAAAAUUAUGUCGGAGGUGGAGACCGUCGUUGGAGAGUGUCAUUGAAUGGCCUGAAGCAGUAUAGUACUCUUUAUUUUAUUUUAUUUUCCUAUUAUUCAAGGUUUUCAAAUAUUUUAUUUUUCAACUAAAAUAAAAUGAUUUUCUUUUUGGAAAUUUACUUUUGCCUUUUUUUCUAUACGACUUUUUUCCCGAGAUCGUUUUUUGCAUCUAAGAUCUUGGGUUUUUGAAAUGGGCAAUGGUGUAUUACCAAAAGAAAUAUCAAAAAAAGAUUUCUAUGUUUUGUUUACCUUUGAAAUUUUGUGUCUCUCAUCACCAAUAAAGUUCAUAGCUCUUGGUAUAAUCGUUGGCUUUCGAGUUUGUCUUUUCCUCCCGUGUGUAAUAAUGUAAUAUUGUCAUGUUCUUCUCUUUGUGUUUUAUAUGUCCUUUAAGAAAAUGUUUUUCCUUCAGUUCAAAAACAAAAA